CACGUUUACCGUCACCGUAUGGCGAUGUCAAACGUGAAUUUCAUGGGAGUACUCCGUACCUCCGUACCAUGAUGGCUUCGUAUCCGCUCAGCUGGAAACCAUACCCGAUCCUUAUUAGUGCUCACAAUUAACGUUAAAACUUAACACAGCUGAGUUAGACCGGUGGAGACACUGUCAAGGGAAGCCAUAAUCUUAAAAGCGCUAAAUCAUUACAUUGAAAUACAAAAGGACGAGCUUGACCCCAUCAGCGCCCCCAGUCCGUUCUCCUUUCACAACACCAGUCUUUCGUCCAGUCAGGCAUUAACUGCAGUCAUUCUUUUAGGCGAGCCCGGCGGUAGUCGCUCUUUUAUCUAUCCUCCGCCGCUGCGCCGACCACUUCACACUAGUAAAUCACUAAGAUGCGUGGCUUUUCCAUCUUUGCCCUUGCGGCGCCUCUCGUCGCCGCCAUUCAGCUCACCGAACCGACGUUGAACUCAACCCUGGUCCAGGGUGAGACCUACAGUGUCAAAUGGACUAGUGUCGACACGGAUCCCACCACUUUCAGCCUGUUCCUCGUCGAUUUCGUCAAUUGGCCUCCCUUCUACACUCUGGUCGCCUCGAAUCUCCAGACAUCGGCCGGUGAGGUUCAGGUCCACAUGCCCUGUGGUUUGCACAGCUCGUGGGGCUACCAGUUCAACGCCAUCAACGGCACCAACGUCUACGUCAUAUACGCGCAGACACCCAGAUUCUUCGUCCAAGAUGGUGCCUGCACCGAUCCCCAGCCCGGUCCCGGCCCUCUCCCAGACGGCGGCGAGAUUCAGACGUGCCAGCCUGUCACCGUAACCGCUGCCGUCACCAGCACCAUCACCGUUUCGCACUCUGCCUGCACCGCCUCGUCCUCAGAUCUCGGCACAGCGGCGGCCCCUAGCACCACUGUCGCUCCCUCCUCAACCAAGUCCUCAUGCCGGUCCAAGUCCACCAGCAGCCUGACUCCCGUCGAGACUUCCACCACCAGCAGCCUGACCCCCGUCGAGACUUCCACCACCAGCAGCUUAGCUCCAGUUGAGACUCCUGUCGCUGAAGAGGGUUCUGACUCGGAGGGCGAGGGAGACGAUGGUACUGGCAAUGGUGAGGACGAAGGUGAAGAGACCGAUUCCGCCUCUGACUCUGACUCGGAAAGUGAGAGCGCUUAGGAGGCGGAUGAAGCUGGGGAGAGUGAAUCCUAACCCUAACAAAAUCUUUUUUAGUAUGUAGGAUAGAUUGAUUCAUACCAGACCACAAAGCUCUUCACUCUUGUAGGAGUCGAGCCGUCGUCACAACCUGGAAGGCUUCCUUGUCUGGUGUUCACCCUUGUCCCUAUGCAUCGACUUGUAAUAGGAGCUCGCAACCCCGAUCGGCAGCACGUUCCACUAAUGGAUACAGCUCUCAAACGUGGCUUGCAAUG